CGUGCACGGCACUCUGGUGGAAACACACCGAAGACAAAGUGGCAUCAUAAGCGAGUAGAAUUUCGUGAAGUUGGCACACAUUGUGUAAACGGGAACGGGAAAACACCAGCGAAAGUGUGUGGCAUCAUGUCCGAUGAGCAAUUCUUUCGUGAAAUAAGAGCAACCAUCAUCGACGACACUCGCAAAAUGUUGGAGCAGGCAGGUGGAUCUAAAGACAGGAAAGGAGCCGCGAAAGAAAACAACAAACCGAAGGAUGAUAAGCAAGUUAUUCGCCAGCUUAUUGAGGAGCUGAGAAGCCAGGAGGAAUCGAGGGAAUUGGGCCAGGCCGCUUCCUCGUCGGGACUACUGGCCGCAGACCGGAGGAAGGUGGAAAAGGCACCCAAGGACAGUGGUAAGCAAAAGGAGGCCAAAGCUAAGGCAAAGGAAACGAGACAAAAAGAUGCGCGAAACACUGAUACCCAACCACCAAAGGCCAGCGUAGAGCUGACGGAACGGGUAGCCAUGGAGUUGGUGAAUUUACAAAUAGAGCCCAGCAUCGAACGGGAGAAAGUGACAAAGACAGUGAACCACAGUAGAUCGGACUCGGAAGAAUACGAGCCACCGCUGGGACUGCCGGAGGGGAGAAGCCACGAUAAGAAAGUGAAGGAAAAAAAGAACAAAAAAGAACUCAAGUCCAAAUCUAAGGAUGUCGUUGCUAAGCAACACGAUUCACGGAAAGGCAAUAGUGCAAAGUCGACGUGCAGCGAGGACGAUGCAACAUCGAGCGAUCGGUUUUCGCUGUUGUCGAAAAAAAUCGAUGACAUUGUGGAACGGAUGGAGGGCAUCAAGCGGGAGUACGGCGAUAAAAACGGAAAGCAAAAGCCGGACAGUAUGCCACCAAUAGGAAACUUAGCUGCUGGUGGCUCGACGAAAAAUGCACAGGAAAAGAAGGAUAAACGGAUGGAGAAAGUGGUGAAACCACCGGCAAGAUCUGUAUCAGAAUCAGGUGGCAAGAAGGAAUCGAAACGGAAGGAUAAACCACUUUCGGUCCCGACCGUUCGAAAGGAUAGCACCCAAACGGCAACGGACGAUUCGUUGGGGAGCGAUGAGUUGCUGCCGCCGGAGCAUCGUCUGCUCGUCCAGCUGUUCAUGUUAAGCUCCAGCCAGCGGAGAAAAUUUAUCGAAAAGCAGGGAAUCGAACUUGGCCUGCUCAAUGCGCAUCCAUUCAAGAAGCACGUUGUGCUCGUGAACAAAAGCAUUAUGCCCGUGGCGGAGGGCUUGGCAGCGGAUGCGAGACGAUUUCUUGCCGAGAAGAAUGGUACUGUUGCACCGGUGGUGGCGGCAUCGACGUCCAACGAGCGUACGGAGCAACCGGCUCAGACUGCACCGGCUACUAAACCGAAGCGUACCGAUAAGGGAACGUACGAGGAGCAGGUGCACUUCCUGCUGUACGAGCGCGUAAAGCGCUCGAAGGAUGAAUCCGAUCUUGAGUUGAUGCUGGGUGACAUUCGGAACAAAGCGGACGAAAUCGUGCAGGACCGACUGGAAUCAUUCGUCGGGCGUUUGGUAGAGCGUAAGGUCGGGUACAUGAUGGAGGGCAUGCUGCGGGUAAAUGCUCGCAACAACAUGCAAUCGUUCGUGGACGAUCCUUCGCGCACGGGGAACAUUUACAUAAACUCCAUCCUGCUACGACGGUGCGCCAUGGACGGUGAUUUGGUGCGGGUGUUUGUAUUCAAUCAGCCCCCGGAAUCGGACGAAGAAUCGGAUGAUGAUCGGUGUACCGAGGAUGAGGAAGAAGAAAAGGCGCCGGCAGCGAAAUCCGUCACCAACAAUGCCGGGUUUGUGGUGUGCAUUAUGGAGAAACGGCACAAUCGUCAGUGCGUCGGGAAGUUCCUGCCGGCUUCACAAGGCAAAAAGCACUAUCGCAUGUUUGCCCCAAGAGAUAUGCGCAUACCACCUGUGCGCGUUUUCAAGCAGGAUUGGCCAAACGCACUGAUUGAGAUCAAACCAACGAAGCUGAAGGACGAUGACGAUGACGAUGACGACGACGAUGAUCGAAAGGGACCACGUAAAGGUGGAGCAGAUAUAACGGAAGUACUAUACCAAGCCGAAAUCAUCGAGUGGCACGAUGAGGUACCGAUCGGUACGAUACUGAAAUCGAUCGGCAAAUGUGGUGUGCUGGAGGUGGAAAACGAGUCCAUCCUGGUCGAACACAAUCUGGACGUGACGCCUUACGGGGAAGACAUUUUGGCCCAGCUGCCGGCCGUACCGUACAUCAUUCCGGCGGAGGAAUUGGCGCGCCGUGAAGAUCUCCGCGGCGAGUGCAUAUUCACGAUCGACCCGGCAACGGCACGCGAUCUGGAUGAUGCGCUGAGCUGCAAACAGCUCCCGAACGGCAACUACCAAGUCGGUGUACACAUUUCGGACGUAACGUACUUCCUGCGCGAAAGUUCCCCGCUGGACGAGUUGGUGAAGCUACGGGCCACCUCCAUUUACAUGGUGGACACGGUGUACCACAUGCUGCCGAAGCAGCUGUGCAACACUUGCUCGCUGCUGCCCGGCGAAGAUAAGCUGGCCUUUUCGGUGUUUUGGGAAAUGGAACCGAAUGGAACGGUGCUGAGCACUCGCUUUGUACGCAGUGUGAUCAACUCCUGCUCGCAGCUGUCGUACGAGCAUGCCCAGCUCAUGCUAGACAACCCGAACUGUGCGGUGGACGAAGAUCAGUUCCCGGAAAUCCUGCACGGAUACAGCGCGAAAUCGCUGUGUAAAAUCGUUAACACGCUGCAAUCGAUUGCGGUUAAAUUGCGCCAACGACGCAUGGAUGACGGGUGUCUAAAGAUUAACCAGCCGAAGCUUACGUUCCGGCUCGACCCUGCCACCGGUCGACCGAUCGAGUACGGUGUGUACAAAAUCCGGACGAGCAACGAGAUGAUUGAAGAUUUCAUGCUGCUAGCAAACAUGUCCGUUGCGACGGCGAUACACAAGGCAUUCCCAGAUAUAUCGCUGCUCCGCUCGCACAGCGCACCGGCCGAGAACAUGAUGAAGAAUUUGGUGCGCACCCUCUCGCUUCAUGGGCACGCUCUGUCCUACGCCAGUUCGAAAGAUAUCCGCGAGUGCAUGGAAGCGAUCAUCGCUUCGUCUGCGGAUCCGGACGCGACCAAGAGCGUGCUGAGCGUGCUGCUCGCUAAACCGAUGAUGCGGGCCCAGUACUACUGUUCAUCGUUUGCGUCCACUCCCGAGCAAUUUAUGCAUUACGCGCUGGCCAUACCGAUGUACACGCACUUUACUAGCCCGAUUCGGCGCUACGCCGACUGUCUGGUGCAUCGUGUGCUUGCCGCCAUGCUGGGAAUCGAUGAGCAACCGAAACGAUCGCCCGAAGAGCUACAGUGCCUGGCGAUGGUUUGCAACGACAAGAAGUAUAACGCCAAAUUGGCUGGGGAGGCCAGUUCGUUGCUUUACUACCGGCACUGGUUGGCAUCGGUUGGGGAGUAUGAAACGGAGGCAGCGGUUAUGGGCUAUGCGGCUCAUUUUAUCGAGGUAGUGUUGAUCCAUUCCGGAGUGGUGCUGAAAGCUGCUACGAGGAAAAUUUCCGCCACUGCAACGGUUGUGUUUAAACCGACCGAGCCGGUCGGAAGCUGUCUGCUGGUUCCGGUAGACACCUCUAUACCACCGCUUAAGCUGACAAUCUUUACCAAGGUUCGUGUCGUGGUAAAGGUCGUAAAGGAUGUGAUCACCGUGUGUUCCAUACUGCCCCCCAAUACUGUGCAGUCUAAAAAGUCCUCGAAGCCCAAAAAGGCCCAAACCGCCGAGCAGUCAGUCACUGAGUUGAGUGCGGAUAUGAAAUCCGCUCGUAUAUACUAAACGAAGAACGCCGUUCAGUUCGGCAUUUCGUUUCACAACCCGUUAGCCACUUCCUGCGCACAAGACAGCUUCCUGUGGUCCCAAAUUUGUUUUACGUUUUGUUUGCACUGUUUAAGAUUUUUAGCAACGUGAAUGACGCACAAAUAUGUGUGCGAGUCUCGCGUAGGAUUUAAAUUGUGUGUAAUUAGGAGCGGUUGCCGUAGAAUCGUACCGUAUAGUGUAGUACAGCAGUCGGCUUCCAUUAAUUGCUCAGGAUGAAAUAUCCUUCCAUAUAUGUAUUCAGUCACAAACAGUCAGGCAGACGAGUUAGUACUGAGAGAAAUUUUUGUGUUAAUUUAGAUUAAGCAUUAAUUUAAAUUAUUUUUAUUACAGCGUGGAUAAGAGACGACCCCAUGUGAAAACACCUUCUAUUCAGGGGUACUUACGUUUUUGAGAAAACAGAGCAGCAUUUUUCGCUCAACAAUUCACGACCAUGCAGAUUCGUGGCAUGCAAAUCCACAAGGAUUCUUGCGACGACGAAUACAACGUACCUGCUUAUCAGAGACCGUGAUAGUGUGUAGAAUCCUUUUAGAUUUUCUUUGACUGAUGAUUCUACCGUGGAGAAAGAAGUGGAAUGAAUCUUACGUUCCGAUAAGAGUACUUAGUAUUUAGGGUAAUGCAACUAACAUGUCUACUCUUUUUGUAGAGUACUCGGUAGCGCACGUUUUAGCAAUACGCCCGGUCUGGACUCAACUAAAGAGGGGGACCAUGACUGAAAAAAAAGAAGUCAAGUACAGUCAAAUAGAACCCUAAUGUAACACCAAUA